AGAAUAGUUUUUGUUGAUAUGCUUUCUUGUGCUGUUACAAUUGGUCUCUCUUGUGCUUAAUAUUUUUUUAAAACAUUAUAGAGUAAAUACGCAUAGUAAUUUAUCUUUUACAGUUCCCGCGGAUUUGAUUAAGAAAGAAAGAAGUGGUAUUUUACAUGCAGUAUUUCCAUUUACUUUAUAAUAUGUAAUUUGUGUAAUAUAUUUUAUAUCUCGUUGUGAUAUUACGUAGAUACAUUAACUAGUUUCUUAAACUUCAAGUAUAAUAUAAUUUUGUAGAUUAUAGUAGUGCAAUUAAAAAAGUUUUAUAUUAGGUUAUGUCGCUUUACUGACAGAUUUGUUUUGCUAAUAUUAUUAAGCGUAUUAUGUGUUAAUAAUUGAAAAAUUAUUCAAUAAUUGAAGAGGUUAAGAGAUAGAGAAAUUUUUGAGUAAUGGAUGUGGGAAAUGAUUGUAUUAUCGAAGAGGUUGUUCCUUUGAAAACAAAGAAAAUGAAGCAAGCACGCUUAUCAUUUUCAAAACUUUCUCCUUCUAAACCUCUAUUGGAUAAUGUAUCUUCGAAAAAGAGGAAAUUGGAAUCUCCUAAGGAAAGUAAGACUGCUAAAAUUUUUAAAGUCGCAGCUAAGGAAAACUCAGCGGAAGAUAUUAAAAUAAUUGAUGUCUUAAAUGAAUCUAAGACUUCGAAUAGUAGUAAAAAUAAUACAGAAAUAACAGAUAUUGAAAAUGAGGAAGAAGAGACUCCGGAUAAAUCUCAGCAUCAUGACAAAGAUAAAAGUCGUAAAUUUAAGUCAAAAAGAUCAUUGUUCUCUAAAACCAAAAAGAAAGAGUCUUGCUCUCCGAACACCUCAUUAACCAAGUUUCUUAUGAAGAAGAUCACGAAAGAUGAUAUUAAUACAAGCAUGGCUGAUAAUAUGAAAGAAAAAAUGGAACGGAGCUAUAUUUCUUCCGCUCAAAAUUCUAAUGAAAAUUCUGAUAUAGAUUCCAACGUAGUAGAUGAUGAUGAAUUGGAGAUUAUAUUAAAUGAUACUGAAAAAUUUAAUAGUACUGACAAAUCAUUGUGCAUUGAUUCUGAUUCUGAAAUUGAGAUUUCUUCGAGUGAUGAAGAUAAUACAAAAGUUUCAGAGAAAAAAGAAACUGCAAAUAUUAAUGUCAUAGGCUCAAGUACGCCAAUGCAAACAAGAAAGAAGAUAGAUAUUACAAAAAAUAAAAAAGUAACACCUAAACAAUUGCAAAAGGAAAACAGUGCUAGGAAGCGUAAAGAAAGGGAACAAUUACGACUGGAGAAAGAAAGAAAACGUGAGGAGGAAAGAGAAAAUCGGCGAAGGAAAAAGGAAGAAAAACGAAAAGAAAAAGAAGAAAAAGAAAGGGCAGAGCGUGAACAAAAGAAAAAAGAGAGAGAACAAAAGGAGCUUAAAAAACAAUUGGAAAUAGAACAAAAACAGAAAGAAAAAGAAGUAAAAGAACAAGAGCGUCGUAAGAAGGAAGAAGAGAGGAAAAGAAAAGAGGAAGAGAAAUUGGAAUACGAACGUAAGAAGCUAAAAGAAGCAUCGACUUUUGUGAGUUUUUUCGUUCCUAAAAAACAAGAAAUCAAAAUCACGGAAGAGGAGAAUAAUACAGACGUACAGACUUUUAUGCCCUUCGAAGUUAAAACAGAUAUGAGGGUUGCACCCAUUUGUAGGGGGAGUCUAGAUGAGAAUAAAAAAUUAUCGCUAGACGAUAAGCUUAAAAAGGGUCAUACAGAAACAAGUAAUUUGUAUCUCGCCGAAAUGAAAAAUAAGAAGAUUAUUAGGCAUAAAUCUGAAAAAACUUGGCCGCUCAAAUCAAAGAACGAUAUAAUUACAUUAGAUGAAGAAGAAAAUGAUUGUAACUCGGACGUAGUAUUUCAACCCGAGACUGUUGUAGACAAAAUUCGACCGAAAUUAUUACAAUUUCAUGAAAAUCGCCGACCACCAUAUUGGGGAACUUGGAGGAAACAAAGCGAUAGUAUAAAUUCUCGUCGACCAUUUUCGAAAGAUUCGAAAUUGUUCGAUUACGAGGUUGAUUCCGAUGACGAGUGGGAAGAGGAAGAACCUGGCGAAUCGCUUCAUGGUUCGGAAGAUGAGAAAGAUGAAGAAAAUCCGGAUGACGAUGAAUACGAUGUUGACAAUGAGUUUAUGGUACCGCACGGAUAUUUGUCCGACGAGGAAGCUCGACCUGACGAAGAGGAAGACAUGAGUAUGACACCGGAAACACAAAAGUUCAAAUUAAAAUUAUUGGGUGAACAAUUUGAAGCAGAAAGAACGGCGAAAAUGUUGAAACUUAAGCCGAGAAUAAUCGGAUGCAUUUGGCUAGGACCAAAUAAUACGUAUCCUGAAAAUACUCCUAAAAAGGUCGAAGAAUUUUUAACGGCACGGCAUGCCUGGGUAUCGCAAAUACCGGUAGUACUUCCAUCGUCUACGAACGAAAAUACGGAAACCGAUGGUACGUCAUCGCGUGCACAGAUAUCAGGAAGUACGAAGAAAACAAAGGUACCGACAGAAGCGUUGCCCGAUUUAAUUCGUUUGAUUCAUGGUAAUACCCAUGGGAAAAAGUUUCUCGUCAAAGAAUUUCUUACGUUUUGGAAUAAAAAUGCGGCGAGUAAGGACAAUCAAAUAUCUAAAGUUAGUUUAGUGAAAAAGAUUGGUGAAAUUGGAAAGUGGAUGUCCUGUCCCGAUGAAGGACAAAUGCAUUUGAAAGCAUGUUGGUACGUUUCGGAAGAUCUUAGAAAAAAAUUUUUAGGCCAGGACGAGGAAUUAAUUUUACCGAAUCGUUGGAAAUAUAAUUUAACGCCUAAACGUAAAAGUGAAAUAAAUUCGGACGGUAACGAUAAAACAGAGAAAUCGGAAAAAGAUACCGAUAAGGAUAAGAAAAAGGUUCCUCUAAUUACUCAAUUUACUAAAAAAAUUACUCAGGAAGAGAUGCAACGUCAACUGGCAACGGAAUCGAAUCAAGUUGAAAAGUCUAAACCGAUAUUGCUAAGACCACCGAAACGAGCCGUUUUAAUUUCUAUUUCUAAAAAUGAUAAAAAAUUACCUGUAAGUAAGAAACCUAAUGAAGAUAGUAAGGACAAUUGAUAAAAAGUGUAUAUAAACGCUGAGUUAAUUAUUCCUAUGUUUAUGCGGUACACUAUACAUGCAUAAUCUUCCUAUAUACGUUGUAAAAAAAAAAAAAAAAAACAAAAGAUAAUGAUCGUCAUGUAAUAUAGUAGACUAAAUACGCAAUUUUUUGUCUUAUCGCACAAAUAAUUCGAGGUUACAUCGUUCGAAAGUUUAUUUUUCAUAAUGAAAUAUGUUAGCGUUGACAUAAUAUCAUAAUAUCGUUUAUAAAUAUCACGAUUUUAUCUAUCGUUAGUACAUAUAAUAAUGUCUAUUUUUUAACAAACGUUCAUUACCACUGUUCUGCCUUUU